UUAAAGGUGCUUUUUAUUGAUUUCUGAGGGGUUUUCUUAAAUUACAUGGCUGUCCGCUCUCUGCUUCCAGCCCCAAACAGGCCCCUGGGGCAGGGGAACCAGCUAUUCCAGGCUGCCAUCUCAUUUGUUCUUCUGGGGGAAAGCAGCUCUGACCAGCGAGAAGACGGAGUAACAGGAGCCUGGAACGGCAAGAGAAUGACUGGGACGAUGGUGCGUGGGGCCGUGCUGCUGUUCCUGUGGCUGGCCGGAGCGGAGAUGCUCCGGGAGGAGCAGGUGGAGCGAAGCGGGUUUUGCAGCUGGAAGUGCAUGAAGUUUGUCCAGAUGUGGCCGGCAUCGUUCUGCGUGGCUCUAGGGCCGAGGUUCGACUGCGUCAUCCCGGAGUCUGCCGACAGCUGGACCAUCCACGGGCUCUGGCCCAGCAACGUCAUGAACUGCUGCAGCUGCUGGCACCUCUUCCCCUCUGACCUGAUGGAUCUGCCCAAGCAGCUGGCCCAGCACUGGCCCACCUUCCUCAACGCCAGCAGCUUCAAAUUCUGGAAGGAAGAGUGGCAGAAGCACGGGACCUGCGCUGGGUGCAUGGAGGCCUUGAGCUCCCCCAGCAAGUACUUCGGGGCGGCCCUCGGCCUGCGCACCACGUACAACAUUGACGGAGCGUUCCAGAGAGCCGGGAUCCUCCCGUCCUGCAAUCACAGCUACCAGCUCCAGACCCUCCAGGAGGCUUUGGUGCCCGUCCUGGGGAAGGAGCAUCAGCUGCAGUGUGUGACCGAUGGCCAGGCCCGCCAGGUCCUGGUGCAGCUCAAGGUCUCUCUCUUCAGUAACUUCUCUGCCGGGUGCCUGGAGGAGGGAGCCCGGGAUUUCUCCCCCUACCGGCCCUGUGAAAACCAGAGACGCAUCUUCUACUUCCCACCGAACCAGAAGAACCCACGGGACCCCUGCCCCUGACCGGUGGUGGGGGUGGGUGGGAGGGUCUUGUGGCUCAGC